UGUCUGAUCCUAGCUAGCUUGCUUUGACCAUAUUCAAGCUAGUCUCUUCCUCUUCCCCUCCAUGGACUCCCACAACGGCCAAGCUCCCUCUCACCGCUGCGGCGAGGGCGAGCCAACGACGGCGAGGUUGCGGUGGGCGCCGAAGCCAGAGCAGAUCCUGAUCCUGGAGUCCAUCUUCAACAGCGGCAUGGUGAACCCUGCCAAGGACGAGACGGCGCGCAUUCGCCGCCUCCUCGAGCGCUUCGGCGCCGUCCGCGACGCCAACGUCUUCUACUGGUUCCAGAACCGCCGCUCCCGCUCCCGCCGCCGCGCUCGACAGCUCCAGCAGUCCUGCAGUGCAGCUGCCCAGCCCCAGCCCCCUGCCGCCGCCCGAGUCGUCGCCGGCCACCUCCACGGCGUCAACGACAGCGCAUCUCCUUUCGUCAUGCACGGGCACGGCCAUGUGCGUGCGGCCAUGCCCACUGCCUCGCCUGUGCAGUCCGUGGCCGACGCGGCGCCCCACUUCUUUGCAGACGACGUCGACUGCGGCGGCGACGACCUCUUCGCCAUCUCCCGGCAAAUGGGGCUCAUGCAGCACGGUGGUGACCACCGCUGCAGCUACAUGGCCAACGACGCCUCCCAGCUGAGUUGUCAACCAACUGGGAUGUCUAUCCAGGUGUUAAUCAACGGCGCGGUGUACGAGGUGCCGGGAGCCGGCGCGUUGUUGGAUUUGGCAGGCACGUUUGGGCGUGAUGCGAUGCUGGUGCACUCCUCCGGCGAGAUCCUGCCGGUGAACGAGCACGGCAUCCUCAUGAAGAGCUUGCAGAUGGGGGAGUGCUACUACCUGGUUGGUGAAUUAUUUUGUUUAUAUAUCUUUGCCGUGAUUAAUUAAAUUAAACUUAAUUACUUUUAAUCUCCCUU